AUUCUUCGUCGCCUGUUCAACUCCUCCUACUACCACUCCCCGUCCUCCUCUUCGUGACAGGUUGAUGACGAACAAUAGUCAACAACAUUCGAAUAUUGAGACACAUUCAUGGAAUAAUAGCAACCAGUGGCUGUCAUCAACACCGGUAGGAGAACAUAGAAAACAUUUGGAUUCCACACUGAAUAAUUCUGAUAGUGGCUUUCUCAGCGGUAACAACAGUCAUUCAUCAGGUUUAAUAGAUGAUAAUCGAACAAAUCACUUUGGUAUUGUCAAUGACGAGUAUACUCAAGUGAUAGAAUCUAUUAAACCUUUGGAUACACCGAAUGUUGUUCAUUCUUUAACUGAUUUACUCAUGAAUUCAACGUCAUCACCGUUUCAAAAAUUAGAAGAGAAAGAGGAAGAAGAACGACAACAACAGCAACAACGCUUCUCGGCGUUUCGUGUGCCUGUGAAGACUGCGACAAACUUUUUAAGUAGCAAUCCCACAUCGACUUAUUUUCAUCGACAACAUGACACAAUGACUUUCAAUCCUACGACAACAACAUCAACUACUUUUAUUCCUUGUAAUUCUAGUCAUGACACCGUGAAGACAACUACUACUACAACAACAACAUCGCCACCGAUAUGGAGACCAUAUUUAGACUAG